AUGUCAGAGCCCGGAAAAAUGAGUAAAUUACCGUCUCUCACGGUCUCGGAAUUCAAUAACAACUUCAUCCCAGUUGCAAUGGAAAUGAACACACCACCAACACCAAUGCACCACUUUAACACACACAACAAGGCACUUGCAAAUUUUCCUGCACCAGGAGAAGAUUUUUACGAGAGGUUCUCAGAAAGAAUGGUCAUCUCUUUCGGAAGCUUCUGGAAAGUCGAAAAGGUGUUUGACAGACACUCCAUGACGUACAAAGCAUUGAAAACAUCGACACGAUCGCCGUUGGUGAGUGUGUACCUCAAAGAAAAAACAGCCCAACAACUCUUGUACCGAACAUCGGCGUUUCUAGCGCUGUACGAUGAAAUGUAUUUUGACAAACAGACCUUUUACGCUGUCAUGCCGUUGUACACUUCCUCUGUGUUGGAAAUACUCGCAAGGCGAACUAUGGCGAAGGAAGAAAUUUUAUUUGUUGUGUGGUCUGUCUUGAUGGGUCUCAGUACAAUAAAUACUUUUGGGCUUGUUCAUGGAGACGUUAAACCAAAAAAUAUAUUAGUUGAUGACGGAGGUCGUGUGAAGCUCAGUGAUUUCAACUCCGUUCAAAACAUUGGUUCAUUUUGCGAAAUCGAAGAACUCGGAGACCCAAGGUAUUUGGCGCCGGAACUGAAAACCGGAGCAGUAACAGCCUCUUCUGAUGUGUAUAGCCUUGGAAUUUCAACAUUCGAAAUGGCAACACGACACACUUUUCCCACAAAUAUGUUCAACUUCGCGCUGGACGAUCCGCUUAUUAUUCGCGCGUUUAACGAUUGCACCCUCAAAGACCUUUAUGUUUCGUUCACAAAGGCCAACCCUCUACUUCGUCAAGUUCCAAGCGAGUUGGUGGGAUGCUCGAUUUUUUUGCCCGUCGUUUCAUUUCGGUUGUCUCCAUAA